AUGGUACCCUCGGGGGUUCUAGGUCUGGAGGUUAACCCUAAAAAGUGCGAGUUUUUCCCCUGCAGUGCCGAGGCCCGUGAUUCUUUCGCUACUUUUAGCCAUUUGCUUCCUGGACUCAAGGAGGUGUCAGCUCAGUCUUUCGCUCUUUUAGGUUCUCCAAUUUGUUCGGAGGCGAUUCCUGAGGCCUUUGAAGAGAGAAGGCAGCUCCUCCUGAUGGCUGCGGAGAGAUUGGGGGAUCUUCCGGCCCAUGUAGCUCUGGUUCUUCUGCGGGUAUGUUUUGCCGUCCCUAAAAUCAUUUACUUUCUGCGCACCGUACCAGCUUGGUUGUACCCUGAUCAUAUUGACUCCUUCGACUAUGUGUUGAAGGAGUCGGUGGAGCGUUUGCUGAAUGUCUCCCUCAAUCCGGAUCAGUGGGUUCUGGCGUCCUUGCCCAUACGAAACGGUGGUUUGGGCAUAAGGCGUGCACGGGAUGUCAGUCUACCGGCGUUCUUGGCAUCGUCGGAGGGAGUUGUGGGCCUAGUCACUAAAAUUUUAUCCGUGAAUGGUGACAGGCCGACAAUCCCUUUUGCGUCUGAUGCUGUGGCUGCCUGGAGGACUCUCAACCCGAAUGUGCCGAUGCCGGAUAAACUCGACCGUCAACGGUUAUGGGAUGACAUAGGUGUGAGGCGAGUUUUCGAUGGCCUACUGGAAGGCGCUGUUGGUGCGGACAAGGCUAGGCUUUUGGCAGUGUCUAGGCCUGAGGCUGGGGCUUGGUUGCAGGCUCUUCCCUCUCCACACAUGGGUACCCUUCUCGACAACAACUCCAUGCGGGUGGCUGUUGCUCUUCGCCUGGGCUGCGAUGUUUGCGAACCUCACAUAUGCAUCUGCGGCACUAUGGUUGAGAGUAACGGCCAUCAUGCGUUGAGUUGUUGUCGGUGUGUGGGGAGGUUUCCACGCCACCAUGCCCUAAAUGACAUUGUGAGGAGGGCUCUUUUGUCUGCGAAUGUGCCGUGCAUGUUGGAACCUCCAGGUCUGAGCCGGACCGAUGGCAAAAGACCUGACGGGCUGACACUUAUUCCAUGGGAGAAGGGUAAGUGUCUACUUUGGGAUGCCACAUGUGUCAGCACGUUUGCCGCCUCGCACAUGGGCCGGACGGUCCGGGCGGCAGGAGCGGCGGCUGAGUUAGCGGCGCUUCGGAAGCGCGAUAAGUACUCGGCCCUGCUAACAAAAUAUCUUUUUGUCCCUUUGGCAGUGGAGACGUCCGGGUGUUGGUGUGCCGAGGCCAAAAUCUUUUUGAGUGAAUUGGGGCAACGUUUGAGGGAGGGAGGUCAUGACCCUCGUUCCGGGUCAUUCCUGAUGCAGAGGCUGUCUAUCGCGGUCCAGCGUGGCAACGCGGCGAGCGUGAUGGGCACCUUUGCAUCUGGAAGGGCGCGGGACGGGUUGUUUGAUUGAUUUUUGUAUUUGAC